AUCACCAUUAUCUAGCUCUCUCAUCAUCAACUCUCUUUUCUUUUUCCUUUUGUUUCCUACUUUCUUUUUUCAUUUUUGUGAUUUUUGGAUUAACAGAUAAGAUGGUAAGACCGCCUUGCUGCGACAGGCUGAACCUUAAAAGGGGUCUAUGGACUGAAGAGGAAGAUGCAAAGAUACUUGCAUAUGUCUCCAAGCAUGGCACAGGCAACUGGACAGCUGUCCCCAAGAAAGCAGGACUUAAGAGAUGUGGGAAGAGCUGCAGGCUAAGGUGGACUAACUACCUGAGGCCUGAUCUUAAGCAUGACGGCUUCACACCUCAAGAAGAGGAGAUGAUUGUUAGGCUUCAUGCAGCUAUAGGUAGCAGGUGGUCCAUAAUAGCACAACAACUUCCUGGGAGGACAGACAAUGAUGUUAAGAACUACUGGAACACCAAGUUGAGAAAGAAGCUUUCUGAAAUGGGAAUCGAUCCUGUUACUCACAAGCCCUUCUCUCAAAUACUUGCUGAUUAUGGAAACAUUGGUGGCUUCCGAAAACCUGGCAUCAGAGUUGGACCUCUUAAUAAAGAUUUGAAGAGUGCAAUUAUGUUAAAAUCAGAACCAUAUCCAGCUGCACCACAGGGAUUCCAAAACUUCAAUAGCCAAUUGAUGACUGCAAAAAAAGAACCAAUCCAAGAUACCCUUUUCAAUAACAAUCAUACUGACAACUACCCAUCGGAUCUUCUCGCUGAGCUCCAAGCUAUAAAACUUGUCACAGAGGCCUCAAAUUGCUCUAACAAUGAGACCAUCCCACCACCAGCCUUUGCUGAGGCCUCGUUGUCAUCAUCUUCAGUGUCAUAUUCUCCUACAUGUUCUACUACAGCGGCGCAAGAAAAGUCAUCCCUAGACUUCAGCUGGCACGACUUUCUUCUUGAUGAUGCAUUUCAACCAGCUGAUCCUCAAGAACAAGGAACCACUGCCGAGUAUUCAUCAAAAGAAUUUGCAAGCCAAAAACAAAAAGGGAUACUGCAAAUUAGCGACACUGACAAUGAAGCUGCCAUUCAAGAAAGUAAUACCAGAGCUAAAGCAAUAGAAUGUGCAGUCAUAAGCAAUGACUUUGAAGCUUCAUCGUCCUCUGACUUUGCUUUUGUGGAAGCCAUGCUAUAUCAAGAAUAUGAAAUGUUGUUAGACUUCCCUAACCUGGAACCAUUCUACUACUGAGUCUGAGUCUUCCCCAAGUUUUAUGGCAUUUUGGUGUUCAGUAGGUUAAGAAUU